AUGCAGGAUGCAGUAGCCGGGACGGCAAUGCUGACGGACGGCUUCGAGGACGAGAUUGACUCGGUGACUCCUCGCUCCCCAGUGGCAGGGAUGGGGGUAGGAGCGACGCCAGGAGGAGUCGGACUGGGGGGCAUUGGGAUUGGUGUAGGCGGAAAGAAAGUACGUUUGUACGGGGAGCCAAGCGGGCCUGCAGCCGAAAGACUGGAUUUCAAACUAGCGGCCGCGGCCGUCCUCUCCUCUGGUGCUGGAUCCGGCAGCGACGAAGACGAGGUUUCAGAGGUGGAGUCCUUCAUUCUGGACCAGGACUUGGACAACCCCAUCAUGAAGACGGCGUCGGAGUUGCUCUUGUCUAGUGCCACAGAUGGAGUUGAUUUGAGAACUGUUGAUCCAGAGACACAAGCACGGCUCGAAGCUUUAUUGGAAGCUGCAGGCAUCGGUAAACUAUCCACUGCCGAUGGUAAAGCUUUUGCAGACCCUGAAGUGCUACGGCGGCUGACAUCAUCUGUGAGUUGUGCCCUGGACGAGGCGGCUGCAGCCCUGACACGGAUGAGGGCGGAAAACACACUCAACGCAGGCCAAGCAGACAACCGUAGUUUAGCAGAGGCGUGCUCUGACGGGGAUGUAAAUGCAGUCCGCAAACUAUUGGACGAGGGACGGAGCGUCAAUGAACACACAGAAGAAGGAGAGAGCCUGUUGUGUCUUGCCUGCUCAGCUGGCUAUUAUGAACUUGCCCAGGUGUUAUUGGCUAUGCAUGCCAAUGUAGAGGACAGAGGCAUCAAAGGGGACAUUACACCACUCAUGGCCGCAGCCAGUGGAGGUUAUGUAGAUAUUGUCAAGCUCUUACUGGUCCAUGGAGCAGACGUAAACGCACAGUCAUCAACAGGAAACACAGCUCUCACAUACGCAUGUGCAGGUGGCUUUGUAGAUGUGGUAAAAGUGUUGCUCAAAGAGGGUGCUAACAUCGAGGACCAUAAUGAGAACGGACACACGCCCCUCAUGGAGGCUGCAAGUGCGGGCCAUGUGGAGGUUGCCAGAUUGCUCUUGGAGUAUGGAGCUGGCAUCAACACACACUCCAAUGAGUUUAAAGAAAGCGCUCUCACACUCGCCUGCUACAAAGGUCACUUGGACAUGGUGCGUUUUCUGUUGGAGGCUGGAGCAGAUCAGGAACACAAGACUGAUGAAAUGCACACAGCUCUGAUGGAAGCUUGCAUGGAUGGCCAUGUGGAGGUAGCGCGGCUUCUAUUAGAUAGCGGCGCUCAGGUGAACAUGCCCGCGGAUUCCUUUGAGUCGCCUCUCACCCUGGCAGCCUGUGGGGGACAUGUGGAGCUGGCAGCCUUGCUCAUCGAGAGAGGAGCUAACCUGGAGGAGGUUAAUGAUGAGGGAUACACGCCUCUUAUGGAAGCGGCUAGAGAAGGUCACGAGGAGAUGGUAGCUCUGCUACUAGCUCAAGGGGCAAACAUCAACGCACAGACCGAAGAAACCCAGGAAACCGCCCUGACUUUGGCGUGCUGUGGAGGGUUCUUAGAGGUUGCGGACUUUCUCAUUAAGGCGGGAGCUGACAUUGAGUUGGGCUGUUCCACUCCUCUCAUGGAAGCUGCACAGGAAGGCCAUCUGGAGUUGGUGAAGUACCUACUUAAUGCUGGAGCAAAUGUUCAUGCAACAACAGCCACUGGGGACACGGCGUUAACUUAUGCCUGUGAAAAUGGUCAUACAGAUGUUGCAGAUGUGCUUCUGCAGGCUGGAGCCAACCUGGAACAUGAGUCUGAAGGUGGGAGGACUCCUUUGAUGAAAGCAGCAAGGGCAGGUCAUCUCUGCACAGUGCAAUUCCUGAUCAGCAAAGGGGCUAAUGUGAAUCGGACGACUGCUAAUAACGAUCACAUAGUGGUGUCGCUGGCCUGUGCUGGAGGACAUCUCGCUGUUGUAGAGCUACUGCUGGCACAUGGAGCUGACCCAACGCACAGACUCAAAGAUGGUUCAACAAUGUUGAUAGAAGCUGCUAAGGGUGGUCACACUAAUGUGGUGUCCUACCUGUUGGAUUAUCCCAACAACAUCCUGUCUGUCCCAGCCCCAGAUCUGUCACAACUUACGCCUCCUUCGCAAGAUGCCUCUCAGGUUCCUCGUGUCCCAUUCCAAGCCCUCGCCAAUUUGGUGCCCCCCCAGGAGCCCGACCAAGCCCCAUCAAACAUUGCCUCUCCCCCUCCUGUCUCAUGCAAGGCAAUGUCCAAGCAGAGACAAGCGGCCCUUCAGCCCACUGUGCCCAAUUCAACUAGCCGAGGGGCAGAGGCAGAUCAUCUGCCGACCUUCCACUUGUGCCAGCCUCUUGAGUGUAUUGUGGAGGAGACUGAGGGAAAGCUCAAUGAGCUUGGGCAGAGGAUUAGCGCCAUUGAAAAAGCCCAACUUCAGUCAUUAGAACUUAUUCAGGGGGAGCCUCUCACCAAAGACAAAAUUGAGGAGUUGAAGAAGAGCAGAGAAGAACAGGUUCAGAAGAAAAAGAAAAUUCUGAAAGAACUGCAGAAGGUAGAGCGCCAGCUGCAGAUAAAAACACAGCAACAGUUCACCAAAGAAUAUAUGGAGGCCAAGGGUUUAAAAGAAGAGCAGGAGCCUGGCCAAAGCCAAGGCCCUGGCCCCGGUCCUGGGCCUGGACCAGGAAGUCCGACUUCUCCAAUGCUGCUUCCCACACCUCCAGGUGCCCAAGUCAACACCAGCUCUGACACCGAUGAUGAGGCAAACCGUGAUGACGAGCAAGAGCAGCCUGCAGAGGUGGAACAGGAGGAGGAAGACUAUGAUUAUGAUGAGGAUGGUUCAGACGAAGAUCCUGAUGGGGAAGAGGAUUUUGCAAAACUUCCUCAGACGCAGCCACAGCCCCCACCUCCACCUCUCCAAGCGGCCUUUGUUCCCAUCCCACCUCUGCCAGACUACAAUCCGGCGGACUACCCCGGGAGUGCUAGUCCAGAGCUCCAGAGGGUACUAGUGGGCCAGCAGAUGCUAGGGCAGCAGCAGGGCCAAGCUAAACAAUUAACUGGGAUUGGCCCAGGAAUGUUGCCACCACAGCCCUCUAAUGGUCUCAUGUUGGCCACACCUGCACAAACCCUCACAGACACGCUCGAUGACAUUAUGGCAGCUGUGAGCAGUCGUGUACCUAUGUUGAAUACUACAACUUCACCAACGCCCUUGUCCCAGCCACCCUCACAGACGCCUGCAAACAUCUCUACUCCUCCUUCUGUUUUGCCUCUUUAUCUUUCACUUGACAUUGAUGCACAUACGGAGAGUAACCAUGACACCGCGCUGACGCUGGCAUGUGCAGGUGGGCACGAAGAGCUGGUGUCAGUCCUGAUAGCUAGGGGAGCUAACAUUGAGCAUCGGGACAAAAAAGGAUUCACCCCUCUCAUCCUGGCUGCUACGGCUGGUCAUGUGGGAGUAGUGGAAGUCCUCCUGGACAAAGGUGGUGAUAUUGAGGCGCAGUCAGAGAGAACCAAAGACACGCCGCUCUCCUUGGCUUGCUCCGGAGGGCGUCAGGAAGUGGUAGAGUUGCUGCUGCUUCGAGGAGCAAAUAAAGAGCACCGCAAUGUCUCUGACUACACACCACUCAGCUUGGCGGCUUCUGGUGGUUACGUCAACAUCAUUAAGAUACUUCUCAAUGCUGGUGCUGAAAUUAACUCAAGAACUGGCAGCAAACUUGGAAUCUCUCCUCUAAUGCUCGCAGCAAUGAAUGGCCAUGUACCCGCUGUAAAACUGCUAUUAGACAUGGGCUCUGACAUCAAUGCCCAGAUUGAGACCAACCGAAACACUGCCUUGACCUUGGCUUGCUUUCAAGGGCGAGCAGAGGUCGUUAGCCUGCUAUUAGAUCGCAAGGCAAACGUAGAACAUCGUGCUAAGACUGGUCUCACUCCUCUGAUGGAGGCAGCCUCUGGAGGCUAUGCUGAAGUUGGACGAGUGCUUCUGGAUAAAGGUGCCGAUGUCAAUGCUCCUCCUGUGCCCUCUUCUCGAGACACUGCCCUCACCAUUGCUGCUGACAAAGGCCACUACAAGUUUUGUGAGCUACUUAUCAGCAGGGGUGCUCAUAUUGAUGUGCGUAACAAAAAAGGGAAUACACCUCUCUGGCUUGCUGCUAAUGGCGGACAUUUUGACGUGGUUCAGCUUUUGGUUCAUGCUAGUGCUGAUGUGGAUGCAGCUGACAACCGCAAGAUUACCCCACUAAUGGCUGCUUUUCGAAAGGGCCAUGUGAAAGUGGUACAGUAUCUUGUAAAAGAAGUCAACCAAUUCCCGUCAGACAUCGAGUGCAUGAGAUAUAUUGCCACCAUUACUGAUAAGGAGCUGUUAAAGAAGUGCCAUCAGUGCAUGGAGACCAUUGUCAAGGCCAAAGAUCAACAGGCAGCUGAAGCCAACAAAAAUGCAAGCAUCCUCUUGAAAGAGCUUGACCUGGAGAAGUCACGAGAGGAGAGCAAGAAGCAGGCCUUAGCUGCAAAGCGUGAAAAGCGCAAGGAGAAACGCAAGAAGAAAAAAGAGGAGCAGAAAAGAAAACAAGAGGAGGAGGAGGGGCAGAAACCCAAGGAUGAGUUUGAGAUGCUGGAUGAGAAAGACGAUUCCGCAGAAGAAGCAGAGGUUCCAAUUGAGCCUCCAAGUGCCACCACCACCACUACAAUUGGCAUAUCGGCCACAUCCCCCACAUUCACUACAGCUUUUGGUAAGAAGAGGGCAAGUGUGGCUACCACCCCGAGCACCAAUCGCAAAAACAAAAAGAACAAGACCAAGGACUCUUCCCCGAGCGAACCAAUCAUAUUACAAGACUCACAGGUUGCACUAGCGCAGCAUAAGGCUGACAAGAACAAGAUUCAUGGUGAGCCCCGGGGUGGGGGCGGGGGAGUGACGAGUGGCAACAGCGACUCAGACCCCUUGGACAGCACUGACUGUGCCAGUGAAAGCAGCAGUAGUGGAGGCAAGAGUCAAGAGCUCAACUAUCUCCCUGACCUGACUUCCUCUGCCUCAUCAUCGUCAUCAUGCUCGUCCUCUUCAGCACCCUCUUCAGGAGCAAUGCAAUCACAACCCCUUCCACCAGGUUCAGAAAAAAGGCACUUUCUCCAUUCAACAGAGAACAGAAUUGACAAUAAAGUCACAGUCUCCAUCUCAAAACCAACACAAAAAAUUCCAGACAUGAGUGACUCGACCUCAAACUCCCUUCCCUCACCAUUUAAAACCAUGGCUCUACCAGUUAACUCGGCAAGCUCUAAGCUAAGCCUUACGAGCCCUAAGCGUGGUCAAAAGAGGGAAGAAGGAUGGAAAGAAGUUGUCAGAAGAUCGAAGAAGCUCUCAGUUCCCGCAUCUGUGGUCUCUCGGAUUAUGGGUCGAGGAGGCUGUAACAUCACAGCGAUUCAAGAUGUGACUGGGGCUCAUAUUGAUGUGGACAAACAGAAAGACAAGAAUGGAGAGAGGAUGAUUACUAUUAGAGGCGGCACAGAGUCCACUCGAUAUGCAGUCCAGCUAAUCAAUGCUCUAAUUCAAGAUCCUGCCAAAGAGCUAGAAGAUCUGAUUCCCCGAAAUCACAUCCGAGCUCCUGGCUCUAAAACAGCUGCUUUCCCAAAUACAACCACCAGUGGUUCUGCCACCAAAACGCUGAGCUCUCAUGUCACGUCUUCUGGGGUCUCGUUCCAGCCGACAUCUUCAAUCUCCUCUCAAGCCGGGGGAAAGAUUGGGAAGGUUAUGCCAUCAAAUGUCAGACAGCCUUUUCCUGUGUCUCUGCCUCUCGCGUACGCCCAUCCUCAGUUUGCACUACUUGCUGCUGCUCAAACGAUGCACCAAAUCCGACAUCCUCGUCUACCCGUGGCGCACUUUGGUGGAACCUUUUCCCCUGCUUCCAGCACAUGGGGUCCUUUUCCUGUGCGCCCGGUAAGUCCUGGUAGUGCAAACAGUUCCCCCAAACAUAAUGGAGGGAGUGGAAGCACGGCUGGCCAGGCAAGACCCAACUCUGCCCAUGGCGACCAUAGCAACGCAUCAAACGCAGGUGCGCCAGUCACAACAACCACCACCACCACUACCAGCACUCCCAACACAUCAACUGCGGCCUCUCCUCAUACCCCUAAUCCCACGGCUUACAACCCUCAAACGAGCGUACCGACGCCGUCUUCUGUACGAAAACAGCUCUUCGCCCCUGAGCCCAAGUCCCCCGGAGUCAAUGCAGUAUCUGUUUCAUCUGCGCUGUCCACUAAUGUUAGUAAUGCAGUACGGGGGACAGGGUCUCCAGCACAUCACAGCUCAACAAGUGUUGCUAAUGCGACACCGCAACCAGUGGGACCCAUCUCCCAGCCUCUCGUUCAGUCAGUCAAAAUGGAAACUGGCAAAGACAAGCCGUUGCUCCCAAUAGAGAGUCAUCCCAUUUCUGUCGGUGAGAACAUGGCUCCAGUGGGUUUCACACCUGCUCUGGUUUCAUCGUCCAAACCGGAGUCCCGGCAACAGUUACCUGCAACGUCAUCUUCUGUUCCAUCUUCGGAGGCACCACCGCCACUUCUUCAGCCCACUUCCAACCACCCUUCUGCCACCGCCCCUGUCCUGUCACACAAUAUUGCACAUCCCAACAACACUGUACCCCAUUUCUCUGCCCCUGCACCCAGAGUCUCUCAUCGUAUGCAGCCACCAGGGCCUUACUACCCUCACCCUGAGCAGCAGGCGCAGCAGCAACAGGCACAGCAGCACCAACAGUCUGUAUUUGUGCCGUUUAAUGCUCAAGAGCUCCCCAAACAGUCCCAGCCUGCAGGUCUGCCUCCCCAAGCUACAGGCUCACUUCAGGUCUCUGCAAACCUUGGUAUGAUCAAUGGUUCCCAGAUGCAGCACAUGGCCAGCCCAGGCAAACCGCAACAGAUCACUAACUUUGGUCCAGCCGGUCUAUUCAGCCUCAGCAGCAUCUUUGAGAAUAACAACCAGGUGGCUAACAAUCAGGUGUGGAGCCAUCUUCCUGCUCGGUCCCCUCCAGAGCAAACAUACUCUGCCCCACCAAACUACAUGGCCAUGGGUCAGAUGGACAGUAUGAUUCCUCAACCUCCUCCAGACAACUCCAAAGCCCCUGGAUACCGCUCAGCCUCCCAGAGGAUGGUUAAUAGCCCCAUGGCAUUGGCAAGCUAUACUACCAAUCCUGUGUAUCUACAUGGACAUACUGCAGUCGGUGCUCCUUCCUUCAGCAGACAGCACUUUUCCCCUCAUCCUUGGAGUGCAUCAACAUCAGGUGACUCUCCUGUUCCUCCUCCCUCAACCGUAUCCUCCUCUGCACUAUCUACAUCCGCGGUGGCCCCACCCCCACAGCCCAAACCAGGCGCCGCAUCGCAGCAGGAUCGGAAAGUGCCCCCACCCAUUGGCACAGAGAGGUUGGCUCGUAUUCGGCAGACGGGUUCAGUAAACCCACCGCUACUCACGACCAAUUACACCGCGUCUGUAGGGCAGGGAGGAAUAUGGUCAUUUGGCGUUGGCAGUGGUUCUGAGGCUAUGUCUGGUUGGUCCCAGCCACUGAUGAGCAGUCACAUGAUGCAUCCUCAGCUGCAAGCGGAGCAGUCUGCCUUUUCUCAACACCAGCCAAUGGAGCAGGAUGAUACCGGUAUUGCCAACCCAGCAAACAACUUCCACCAGCAGCAUAUGCCGAACAAUUACAUCCCUGACUUUCCCAAAGGAAUACCAAUAUCAAUGUAUGGAGGAACCAUGCUGCCCCCUCAUCCACCCAUGGCGGAGGGGCCAGGAGGGGCAAUGUACAACAGUUUGCACACAGGCGACCCUGCAUGGAGUCCCAUAAUCAAAGUGGUCCCAAAUAACACAGACAACUCUGACCCACAGCAGCAGGUAUGGCCUGGUUCCUGGGCACCUCAUCUGGGCAACGUGCAUCUGAAUCACGUCAAUUAG